UAGACUUUGGGGAGUGGUGGGGUUAAUUUGAUGUGUAUUUGUUUUUUCUAAUUCCUCCUCGACUUAGAAUAGUAGUCGGGAGGUUGACUCCCUCCUCUUCUGCUCUAAUCCUCCUGUGAAUAACACAGACAGGCGUUACCUGCUUUGCUGUAUCACAAGCAUAACAUAGGAGAAGAAGCAGGGGAAGAGAGGGGACUAUAUCGAUGGCGGUCGCAGGGGAGACGACGUUAGAGCACACGCCCACGUGGGUGGUGGCAGCCGUCUGCAGCGUCAUAGUGGCCAUCUCUCUCGGCGUCGAGCGGCUCCUCCACUAUACCGGCAAGUAUCUCAAGAAGAAGGGCCAGAAGCCUCUGUUCGAAGCCUUACUGAAGAUCAAAGAAGAGCUGAUGCUCCUUGGAUUUAUAUCACUGCUGUUGACGGUUUUCCAAGACAGAAUCGCCACCAUUUGCAUCUCUGAGAAAGCAUCCAAAGAAUGGCUUCCUUGCAAGCUCGAAGAAGACGCUGCUUCCACCACUUCCCAUUUUCAGGCCUUCUUUUCUUCUCCUGGGACAUCUCGUCGGCUCCUUGCGGAAGCUUCUUCUAGUACCACCUCUUACUGUGCUACGAAGGGGAUGGUUCCAUUGUUAUCUGCGACUGCGCUCCAUCAUCUUCAUAUUUUUAUCUUCGUGCUCGCUGUCACACAUGUCAUCAUCUGUGUCCUCACCAUUCUGUUCGGAGGAGCAAAGAUACGCCAGUGGAGAAUCUGGGAGGAUGCGAUACAGAAGAGUGAAUCCAAUCCUGAAGAUGAGUUGAAGAAGUUCACUCAUGUCCAAGAUCAUGCCUUCAUCAGAAAUCGUUUCCUGGGCAUUGGGAAGGACUUGGCCUUACUCGGUUGGGUGCACUCAUUCUUCAAGCAAUUUUACGCUUCCGUCACCAGGUCCGAUUAUAUUACCCUACGCCUGGGUUUCAUCAAGACUCACUGCAGGGGAAACCCAAAGUUCAAUUUCCACAAGUACAUGAUACGAGCCCUCGAGGCAGAUUUCAAGAGAGUUGUAGGAAUAAGUUGGUACCUAUGGAUCUUCGUGGUCGUGUUUCUGUCGCUCAAUGUUGCUGGUUGGCAUGCAUAUUUUUACAUAGCUUUCAUUCCGUGCGUGCUCUUACUGGCAGUAGGAACGAAACUCGAGCACGUAAUAAACCAGUUGGCCCACGAGGUCGCUGAGAAGCAUGUGGCCAUUGAAGGAGACUUAGUUGUUCAACCUUCGGACAAUCAUUUCUGGUUCCACAGGCCGAAGAUCGUCCUCUACCUCAUUCAUAUCAUUCUCUUCCAGAACGCAUUCGAACUGGCCUUCUUCUUCUUUAUACUGGUCCAGUACAAAUUCAAAUCCUGCAUAAUGGGACCAAUCGGAUACAUUAUUCCGAGGCUAGUUAUUGGGGCGUUUGUUCAGUUCCUUUGCAGCUACAGCACUCUUCCCCUCUAUGCGAUUGUCACGCAGAUGGGGAGCUCAUUUAAGAAGGCAAUAUUCGACGAGCACAUACAAGAGGGGAUCACAGUGUGGGCUCAGCAUGCAAGGAAGAACCAAAUGUUGAAGAAAGCAGCUAAUGCCUCUAGUCAUACCAAUAACAACAGUCAAGCGGGUACCAAGGAAGCCGAGAUGGUGCUCGUCGAUAAAGAUAAAGAGGAGGCCGAGGGUUCCCAGACGAGAAAUUAAGUGCUUAGACUUGCAGAGAUCCCCGACUUGCGCAAAAACCGUUGCUAGAGGUUCAAACGUUUUGGUAAUUCCUUGUAAUUUUAGUUCGUGAGUAUAAUGUAAAAUUUAGACAAGUUGUUGCAAGAUGAUGAUUACAUAGUUUGUAAUAGAGCUGUCACUACAUAUGUUUCCUCAAUUUUUGGCAACAGCUUUUUGUCUUUCUUCUUUCUUUCUUUUUUUCCCUUCUUCCUGGAAAACAGGAAAUAAAUGGACAUUUCAUGUAGAGGUUCAAAAGGAUUUAUAGAUCACAUGUACAAAA